CUCAAAGACACGCUGUUGUUAAAUCCCCACACUGUCAUUUCGCCAGGCGAGGACAUUUCCAAAUUGUGAUUUUUAUCCUCCUCCCCGAGGAUGAAUCCUACGCGUACUUACACCUCCUCUGUCGUGAUGUCGAUUUUGAUUUCAUGAAGGCCCUGCUAAGGUAGUUUACGGUAAAGGUACAACUAGUAAAAAAAGGAGCAUCUAGUACUCUUCACAAACGAUGGACGUCGCUGCUUUGCAGGGGAUCCGGCUGCAGCGCGCGCGCGCAGCUGGCUGGACGCAGUCCGCCACUGCAGGCGGAGGAUGGCAAUGGUUUCAUCCAGGGACUGGGCAGACAUUACAUUCUACCUUAGAUCCUCUUGCUUUUUCCACACAGAAUACCUUGGGAGGAGCGCUUCCGGGAGGCAUCAGUACACCAAUGGUGCCAGUUAUGGUAGUCCCAGUAGUUCCCGGGAUGGUUGGAGUCCCAGUUGGAGUUGCGAGUGUCAUCCCUCCUUCUUCUGGAGUUGCGAGUGUAGGGUCUGGAGUUGCGAGUGUAGGGUCUGGAGUUGCGAGUGUAGGUUCUGGAGCAGCCAGUACGUUUGUGAUGCCUGGCCAACUUCAUCCUACGCAAAAGAAGUCCACGAACCCAGCAUCUUCUGCCGCUGGCUUGAUCGAGAAGAAGCGAAAAGAGCUGUUGCAAAAACAGCAGGAGAAGGAAGAAGCAGAACGACUUGCUCGGUUGCCACCUGCCUUGCGUAAACGACUGGAAGCUAGAGGUGUGAUCAAAAAGAAAGUUGCUGCCACGUCGACAGCUUCAGAAGCAGAUGGAGGUGAUAGCAAAGGAGGUGAUGAAAUUGAUGGCGAUGGCAUAGGGAGUGCCAAGCCAGCUGCACCAGCGGCAGCCGUUCCGCCACCAAUGCGACCCCCACCACCACCUAAAAAGCCGGCUGGACCUGCAGCGAGUGUCCCUGGGCCUGCUCCGUCACCAAAAGGAGCAAUGCCACCACCGUCUUUACCGGCAAAGAAGACUUCCGCAGAAGGAGCAAAUAAGCAAGAUAGUCAUAGUUCAGCAGCUUCAACUUCCACGAGUACGAACCCGUUCAAUCCAGUGAAGAAAAACCUUUUCGCCCUAGACGAAGUCAUGCACUUACCGCCUUCGUCGGGAAUAGCUUCAGGAAUGGCUUCUUCAAGUGGGAUUAGUUCCGUAGGUCUUGGAGGCGCUUACCCAGAAUCCUACUCAGCCAAAGCAGCUAGCGUUUUUGGCGCACAGCAUCUAGAAGAUUUACCACUUCCGCGCUGUUGGCAAAAAUGCAAGUAUGGUGGAAGAACCUUCUUUUGGCAUCCAUUGACGGGUGAAAGAACGUACAAACAUCCUGGAGAACAAGCUGGUAGUGGUGGAGCUGGUGGGGAACAAGAUGACGAUGGUGGCGGUGCUAACUCCAACAACAAGAUGGACAAGAAUAUCGUAGGAGGUCGUAAAAUCUUCGCUUUUGAGGAGAUGAUCAAGGUGACAGAAGGAGAUUUAGGCCGCUUGAUUGGUAAAAACGGAGGAAACCUGAAACUGCUGAAGUGCAGUUUGGGAGAGGAUGAGUCGCAGAUCUUGUGUCCUAAGAAGGGCAGUAAGCCGGAUUCGAAAGCCUUGAAUGGGAGACCUACGUUUACGGUGAAACUGCAAGGGUGCAGUGAAGGAAUAGCGAAGAAGGUACAACUUCUAAGGACUUCUGCAAUGUCGUUUUGUUGUUGCGUAGAAGAUGUUCGUUCUUCUUCGAUUGUUGAAGAUUUUAGUUCUUGAUUUCCACUUGUUGCACUUUGUUCAAGGUAAGUCAGUGCCUCACGAAACUCUUGUACAACUCGUCCUCAUCGUAGUACUCGUCCUCAUGCAUCGGCCACGACAUGAAUUAACGAAACUCUCUCCUCCUUCACCAAACCUCACUCUCCUCCUUCACCAAACCUCACUCUCCUCCUUCACCAAACCUCACUCUCCUCCUUCACCAAACCUCACUCUCCUCCUUCACCAAACGGCUCAGGGCAAGCGUGCGGUGGAUCUGUUCCUGGCUUCUCAAAAACCCAUGGCCGAAUGCAUCAGAGAAGCUGGUCUUACUGUGAAGAAGCCACCUAAUCCUAACAAGGGAGACGACGGAUCAGGAGGUGGACAAGGUCCAGGGGGUCCAGGCCCGUCUGGUGGAGUGAAGAGACCUUUAAAUCAAAUUGCUCUGAACAACGAUGGAAGUGGAACCCAAGGAGGAUCAUCUGCAGCUGGCGCUGCUGGAGCAUAUCAUGAUCCCUACGAUAGUGCAGGAGCAUGGGCUAAAAGGAUGAAACCUUCUGCAGCUUCUAGCUCCAAGGACAAGCUCGAUAUGAUGGAUCCCUCGUCAUAUUCAGACGCGCCUUUAGGAGGUUGGGGUGCCGGGCUGAAGACAACAGCUCAUGGGGAUGAUGUGGAUUUUCAACAGUAUAGAUGAUGUGAUGAAGUUUGUUCCUUGAGCUUACGACACUAUCCACCACCCGAACUUCGAAGGUGAAAACACCUGAAUACAUUUGUUCCCAAACGUCCCAAAUAUUCCCUACAGUCCCACCCUCAACCCGACGCAAAAUAAGAGGACACAAUAAAUUUUACUAAAUGUCGUAUGAUCUAACCAAAACAUAAAGUUAAAGCUUUGACAAGAGUCGCC